AAACAUCAACCUGUAAAGAAUCCCACAACACCAGCUUCAUUCGCACAAUCAGCUUGCGCACUGCUACUUACAUCCACAGACGCAUCAAAACGGUAGCUCAAACAUCAAACAUGCUGAAAUUGGUUCUUUUAUACAAACGUGAACGUCAUCGACAGGAAUGAUGUCUACUAAAUGCAUUUUUGCUUCAACGCUAAACAGGCGAUGCAGCCUGGUGUAAAGACAUUUGAGAUACUUGCGCACUCAUCUAAUGGCAGCUAUGAUUAUUUAAUUACUCGUAUACAACACUUCCUCAACUAUCUUCGGAUCUUUUUCGGCAUCAUUGAUAACGCUGCAGUGACUGGUCAGACCGUAGCUUCUGCAUUAGCGUCGGUGAAGAAUAUUCAAACGCCGACGUAUCAGUCUAGAUCUUUCACUGCGUUAAGAAUGUGACAUCAAGUCGCACACCGUCUGCAAAUCCCGCAGACUUUACUGCCAGUUCGCUCCAGCGAAAACUAACGUUAAGGCUCAACACAUGAAAUCAUGAAGUGAGAUAUAUUGAAACGAAGCUUGGCGAUUACAGAAUGGCACAAGAGUACACAGUCGAAACUCGCACUGGCACGGCUUCCUUUAAGUCAAAGUCGCGAUGGACUGGAGCAUUGCCCAGUGAUGCUUAAGCAUUUCGCUUGUCCCAUACAAGGUACUCUUUUAAAUUUGAUUGACGCCCAUUUAGAUAGCUAUCAUUUAGCUUAUCACAAUUGCUACUGAUAAUCUGAAUUGUGAUGAUGAGAUCCAGUAUUUCAUAUGGACGACAAACCCACAAGGCCUUACUUAUGCUAAUUUCAUUAUGUGCGAAAUAAGGAAUAGUUGGAACAAAAUACAGCUUAAUCAUCACCAUCGGCCCAUGCUUGCAUGAUCGACGCCCUGCCGCUAUUAGGCGCCCGGUGGGUCCUGGUGCGACUUCGUUCGCAAUCACUGUUUUUUGCUUGCAUUCUAUCCCGGAUUCGGUCACGAUUAUUGCUAGGAUCUUGCUCGUACGUGCAAUCCCGGUCACGAUCGUGAUUACGCUUUCGAUCACGAAGAGGGUCGCAAUUCUGCUUUCCUGGCCUAGAUGAAGUAGGGGAUCGACUUUUGGUUCCAUUGGUAGAUCGUAAAUUGUUGGUGACUAAUGGGGAUGCACGUCUCUGCUC